ACCAGAUUUCUCUACAACAAAUUGUAGAGAUUCAUGAUCAUGGAGAAGCUCCAGUCUCUGAAGUCCUCCCUGCUGCUGAGGAGGGCGUCCUCCAACCUCAGGACGUCCACACUCCAGCUAGCUCCUCUGAAGAUGAUGAAGCGGAGGAGCCGGAGAACAACCACAUUUUCUGGCGAUAUGAAUUUGGCUCCAAGCUGGGUGAAGGAAGCAACAGCCACGUACAUGCAGGGACUCGCUGCAAGGAUGGCCUUAAGGUGGCUGUGAAAAUUGCUGAAAAGACUCCAAAUAUGCCAUAUAUAAGAGUUCCUGGUCAUCCCAAACACCUUCCCAUGGAGAUCGGCCUGACACUCAUGGCUAAUAAGGGCCCCCGUGUUCCACAGAUAAUUAAGCUGCUGGACUGGCAGGAUGACCCGGACCACUAUGUCAUGGUCUUUGAGCGGCCCGUGCCAAGCAUGAGCAUGUUUAGUUUUGUGAAGCUCCAACGAAGGCUCAAUGAAGAGAUGGCACGAAAUGUUAUGUCUCAGGUCAUUCAUGCCUCUAAGAUUUGCUGCGAGCGUGGAGUCUUCCAUCGAGAUAUAAAACUGGAGAACCUCAUAGUGAACCCCGACACGUUGGAGGUCAAGUUGAUCGACUUCGGGUGCGGCACGCUCAUGAAGGAUUCUGCCUACGUGGCCUUCAAUGGCACAGAAAUUUUCUGUCCACCGGAGUUUGAUGUCGACGGCAGGUACCAUGCAAAGCCGGCGACAGUUUGGUCAUUGGGGAUCCUGCUGUUUGUGAUGGUGUGCGGGUAUUUUCCAGAAGACAAAGACCUGCACAUGAUCAGUAAGAACGUUCAGUCCAACCCUGACCUGUCAAAAGAGUGCUGCCAGAUGAUUUGCUCUUGCCUGCAGCAUGAUCCACAGCAGAGACUUAUUCUGGAGGAGAUGCUGCUUCAUGACUGGUUUAUGGUACUAAGAGUCUAAGAUUUGCUAAAUGUUUUUCUUCUCUUCUUCUUCUUCUUCAUACAAUCAUUUUAAAC